AUGGCCAUGGCACUGCUGCUCCUGCUCCCCACACUGACCGGCCUCUUCCAAGCCUCAGAAGCACAGGACUUCCGCUUUGGGCCAUGCCGGGCUCUGCCUGUGCAGAAGAAUUUUAACGUGACCAAGUAUCUUGGAAGUUGGUAUGAAAUUGAGAAGAUUCCCACGAGCUUUGAGCAGGGAAGUUGCAUCCAAGCCAACUACUCACUAAAGAGAAACGGAAACAUCAAAGUGAUAAACCAGGAGAUGAGGCCCGAUGGAACCCUGAAUCACCUCGAAGGAGAAGCCAUACAGAGCAACCUCACAGAGCCUGCUAAGCUGGGAGUGAAGUUUUUCUGGUUGAUGCCAUGGGCUCCUUACUGGGUCCUGGCCACCGACUAUGAGAACUACGCCCUCGUGUAUUCCUGUACUACCAUCUUGUGGCUGUUCCAUGCGGAUUAUGUCUGGAUCUUGGGAAGAAGCCCUUACCUCUCUCCGAAAACAAUCGCUUAUCUCAAAGAUAUUCUGACCACUAAUCACAUUGACAUCCAGAAAAUGACCACCACAGAUCAGGUGAACUGCCCGUACUUCCGGUAG